CGAGAGCGGCGCGGUGCGGGCCGGCGGAACCAUGUUGCGGGCGGCGGCGGCGCAGCGGCUGCGGCGGGCGGCGUCGGUGCUGCGGAGGUCCCAGAGCACCUUGGUGGUGGCAGAACACAACAAUGAGUCCCUCACACCCAUCACCCUCAACACCAUCACUGCGGCAAAGAGCUUGGGAGGGGAGGUUUCCUGUCUGGUGGCUGGUACCAGCUGUGACAAGGUAGCGUCAGAACUCAGCAAAGUGCAGGGCGUUGCAAAAGUUCUCGUGGCUCAGCAUGAUGUGUACAAGGGAUUUCUAGCAGAGGAGCUGACUCCCUUGAUUGUGGAAACUCAUAAAAAAUUUAAUUACACCCACAUUUGUGCCGGAGCAUCUGCCUUUGGGAAGAAUCUUAUUCCCAGAGUGGCUGGCAAGCUUGAUGUUGCCCCUGUUUCUGAUAUUAUUGAAAUUAAGUCCCCAGAUACUUUUGUGAGAACUAUCUAUGCAGGAAAUAUUAUUUGCACUGUGCAGUGUGAUGAAGCAAUCAAAGUGUUUACUGUACGGGGAACUUCAUUUGAGGCUGCUCCAGUGAGUGGUGGUAAUGCCAGUGUAGAAAAGUUGACCCCCCCGCCACCCGUGGGUAUCUCGGAGUGGAUUGAGCAGAAGCUGACGAAGAGCGACCGGCCGGAGCUCACCAGUGCCAGAGUGGUUGUGUCAGGGGGAAGGGGCUUGAAGAGUGGUGAAAAUUUUAAGUUGCUGUAUGACCUUGCAGAUCAAUUGCAUGCUGCAGUUGGAGCUUCCCGUGCAGCUGUUGAUGCUGGCUUUGUUCCUAAUGACAUGCAAGUCGGACAGACGGGCAAAAUAGUAGCACCAGAACUUUACAUUGCUGUGGGAAUAUCUGGAGCAAUCCAACACUUGGCCGGAAUGAAAGACAGCAAGACCAUUGUUGCUAUUAACAAGGAUCCAGAAGCUCCAAUUUUCCAAGUGGCAGACUAUGGACUGGUAGCAGACUUAUUUCAGGCGGUGCCAGAGAUGACGAAGCUCCUGAAGAAGAAGUGAGUGCUGGUGACGGGACCUGGCACUGUGGAGUAAGGGCAAAUAAAGGAUUUUACUGGAAA